ACGGGUCUCCAGUUCGGAGUUUGAACCCGGAGCAGACGCUGGAUCAAAUAAACAGCUAACGCGGUUCAUUUCUCCGGGAAGGUUCCGGCAGCUGCGAGGAAGAUCUCUAAAUUCAGCACAGGAAGUAAAGCCCCUGGAUAAGGGUGUGUGAAAAAAGCCAGCCACACAUAGUUGUGGUUCAGAGCAGCGGUGGAUGUACUCGUGUCCCUCCCGUGUCUGAGACAGCUGCCUUGUGACAGAAGGAGUGUGAGACACUUGCAUCUGAGUCUGGCAUGCUUGAUCGUCAUCUCAUGACCCCUGGCCCAGAACACCUUUUCGUCCAGGGUUCGGCGGACUCCUAUACCAGCCGUCCAUCUGAAUCAGAUGUAUCUCUGGAGGAAGACCGCGAGGCAGUACGGAGAGAAGCACAGCGCCAAGCCCAAGCCCAGCUGGAGAAAGCAAAGACUAAACUGGUUGCAUUUGCUGUACGGACAAAUGUUGGCUACAGCGCAGCCCUGGACAAUGAUGUCCCUGUCCCAGGCAUGGCUAUCUCUUUCGAAACAAAGGAUUUUCUGCACGUCAAAGAAAAAUUCAGUAACGACUGGUGGAUUGGACGGUUGGUUAAAGAAGGCUGUGAAAUAGGAUUCAUCCCCAGUCCAGUAAAAUUAGAAAAUAUGAGACUGCAGAGUGACCAAAAAACAAAGCAGGGAAAAUAUCACUCAAGUAAAUCGGGUGGAAAUUCAUCUUCCAGUAUAGGUGAUGUGGUCCCUAGUUCCAGGCGAUCCACUCCCCCCUCAUCUGCUCUUGAUUUAGAUGCAAGUGGCUUAGAUGCAGAAGACAUUGAUCCCCAGGCAAAUCAGCGAACCCCUAUAACCAGUGUAAACAAUGUAACGUCUCCCCAGUCUAAAGAGAAAAGAAUGCCCUUUUUUAAGAAGACUGAGCAUGUCCCUCCCUACGAUGUAGUGCCUUCUAUGCGACCAGUGGUUCUCGUGGGGCCUUCUUUGAAAGGAUACGAGGUGACAGAUAUGAUGCAAAAAGCAUUAUUUGACUUCCUGAAGCACAGAUUUGAAGGAAGAAUAUCAAUCACACGGGUCACAGCUGACAUCUCCCUUGCCAAACGCUCAGUGUUAAAUAAUCCUAGUAAGCACGCAAUAAUUGAACGCUCGAACACAAGAUCGAGUUUGGCUGAAGUCCAAUGUGAAAUAGAACGGAUUUUUGAAUUGGCAAGAACACUGCAAUUAGUAGUUCUAGAUGCAGAUACGAUCAACCAUCCAGCUCAGUUGGGCAAAACCUCUUUGGCUCCUGUUAUAGUCUAUGUAAAAAUUUCAUCUCCGAAGGUAUUGCAAAGAUUAAUAAAAUCAAGAGGAAAAUCCCAGGCUAAACACCUGAAUGUCCAGAUGGUAGCAGCAGACAAACUGGCUCAGUGUCCUCCAGAACUAUUUGAUGUAAUCCUUGAUGAAAAUCAGCUAGAAGACGCCUGUGAGCACCUCUCUGACUACCUAGAAGCUUACUGGAGAGCUACCCACCCUCCGAGUAGCAAUCCUCCCAACCCUCUCCUCAGCCGGACAAUGGCCAGCGCAGCUCUUCCUUCAAGCCCAGCACCAGUCUCCAAUCUGCAGGGUGAACAGAAACAGGGAGAGCAAAAACGUGUACAUUCAGGACCUGAGAGAUCUGCUUCCCAGGAGGAAGAGAAGCAACCGGAGCCAGUAAAAAAGCCCCAACACCGAACUUCUUCCUCGGCCAAGCACCACAAUCACAGGGGCACAGCGAGUCGGGGCCUGGAGAGGCAGGAAACAUUUGACUCGGAAAUGGAGGACAGCAGGGAUUCUGUGUAUAUAGAACCAAAGGAUGAUUGUAUGGAUAGUCACGGCGAUCAUUAUAGCUCACAUCAGGAUCACAACCAUACAGAAGAAGUCCAAGGUGACUGCAGCCACAGGCAUCGAGAAUCACGACAUCGUUCAAAGGAACAAGAGCGAGAACAGGACCAUAAUGAACGCAACAAACAGCGCAGUCGCCAUAAAUCAAAGGAUCAACAUUGUGAAAGGGAUGGGGAUGUUGCAUCCAAAAAAAGAAACGAUGUCGGUGAGUGGAAUCAGGAUGCGUACAUUCGCCAUUAACUCUGUCUAUAAGGCUCCUCUGUCUCUAUUAGUUUGUGUGUAAAAGGAAAAAUACACCACCUGAUUUGUUUGCUGUAAAAGUUAUUGUACAUUGGAGAGCUCUUACAGUUGUUGCUGAUCCAGCAUGGAAAUACAAUCAAUAUAAUUUACUUAAACUCAUUGUACGAUUGCAGAUCUUCUAGACUUGUACUGUAAUUGUUUAUGGUUUGGUUUAGAUGGCUGCCAGCUGAACAAUAACUUUUACUAUCAAAUUACUGUUAAUGUUCUUAAGCAACAUUUUUAUAUAUACAUAUCUAUGUGGGGGAUUGGGUGGGUGGGGUUGGGAAGGAAAAGUGAACAUACCUGAGUAUUCAGGAUGAGUUGGAUCAGCACAAUGUGUUUUUGUAAAUCCUCAAAUGUUUAACUUCUGCAUGCAGAAAUCAGUUCAAGUUUAAAGACCACUCUGGCUUGUACUUGUAGUUGGGAUGCAUUUGGGGAAUCUAGUCUUGCCUUACACAUCAGACAUAAUUAAAAGGAAAGUAUUUUUUAAGUACUAGUACUAUGUACUGUAUGGUAUCAUUUUAUUUAUACUUGUAACAUUUGCAAAUAAUUCACAAAUAAUAGCCAUUUUAUCUGCUUCAGAAUUGUUUAGAUGUAUUUUCUCUCCUGCAUCAUGCCAAUUACAACUGGCCUAUUUUAGAAAAUUGUCACUUUGCUUCACGUAUCUGCAUAUCAUUGAUCAGAGGCUGGGAAAUACAAAGCAUUUUUACGAGAGAGACAUUGUUUAGAGUUUCGUAAAAUUAAUCGUUUGAACUGGUAAGGCAAUGGCCAUCUUAGACAGAUUAAGUUAUACACCAAAUUCCUAUUAUUUAUGUAUGUUAUGAUUUAUUUUGAUUUAGGAAUUGCUUGAGGGUUUUGUGUUUAUUCCCCUGUAAAAUUAUUUUGUUUUUCCAAAUGGCUUUGACUUAUUGCUUCAUGGCCAUAAAGAAAAGUUGUCUGUACUGUAUAUGCAUAUGUGAAAUUUAUUUUUGAAAUCUAAUUUGUAAGCAUUUGUAUAUAUUACUGUUAUUAUUGCCUUUGUAGAUGUUGACAGUAGUGGAUUCUGCUGCACUGUUUGAUAGUUAUUUAUUUAACUGUACAAAUGUUGGCUGUCCACGUUAACAGAAAUGCCAUUUCAGUAACAGGAACAAUGUUGCAUUGCUUCUGUUAUGUAAUGAAGAGACACAAAGACGUAUACAUGCCUACAUUCUUCCAAUCACUUUGCCUGAGAUGGGUUGCUGCUUUAUCAUAAAAAAAUGUAAAGUCCUAGCAAGUGAGGUGUUUAUUCUCUUCUCCAAUAUACCAAACUAUGUAUAUUCUCCAAAUAGCAAUGUGCACUACAUCUGAAUUUCAGAUCUGUUGGGUUUAAAAAAAAAAUGAAAGUACUAUUCCCCUACUUUUCCAAUGUCCUACCUUUUUGGUAGAUUACUUGUUUUGGAUGUUGAUGUUGACAGAAUGUGCAU